AUGAACAGACCUCCUCAUACACAGCUCACAGGCCUCGCAUUAUCCUCUCUUUCAAAUCAACUCCCAGCACGCAUAAGCGUCCCUCCAUUCCCUAUUACCUUACACCGCCGCCUCAUCCUCUCUCUCACAGACCAUGGUCUCCUGCUCAAGCCCGUCGGCAUCGUCCCGGUGUCCGAAGACCCAGCUGUCCUGAUCCACUGGGGACUCAAAGGCAAGGUCGAACCUUAUGGCUCGGCACCCGCAAGCACCGGCCAAGGCGAUGACGAGGUCGAGAUUGGCGGUGUGCUUGGCAUCGUGCGGUUAUGGGACGCCGCAUACCUUUGUGUCUUCCUUCCCGCAACCAAGCAACCCACACGCCUCUUCCAAACCGACGACGACCCCUUCAGCGACCAGGAGCAGCAGCGGGUCGUCCAUGAGAUCUUUACCCUCACUGACGUGCACUUUGUGCCCCUUGUGCCCGACCUUGCCAAUUUGCAGAUUCGGCACCUGUCCAGGAUAAUGUUGAAGCGGGUACCGAAGAAGCCAAAGCCCAAGACACGAUGGCGUCUGCCAUGGUCGCCUGCACUCGGCACAGCUCCAUCGACGGACGAGGAGUCGUCCGAGUCCGAAUCGGAAAUCGACUCGGCAGAUAUAUCUCGGAGAUCGUCUGAGAUUGCACCCGAGGCCGACGAGACACCGAUCCCGCUCCCACCACCUCCUGAGGAAGACACGCCCGAGGCCCGUGUCAAGCGGCGUCUGUCACUAGGCUGGGGCCGCUUCAAGCCUCGACUGGGGACGCCGCGGACCAAGCCGUCCACCAAUGCAGCGACCACAACUUCUGAGAAAGAAGGGGAAGAGGAAGUUGAUGAGCAGGAGAUGACGGUACUUCCCAAGGUCACGGUCGAGCCUCCCCUCGACGCUGUGCCCGAAGGGGACGAGAGCCGCUCGUCCACGCCAGUCGACGUUCCGCCGUCGCCCUCGCUCUCAGUGGCCAGUGCAGGCAGCGACCGACCGUCGCGACCUGGUACACCGACCCCAGCGCCCAUCAUUGAUGCGCCGCAGCGCCGGGACCUCGAGACCAAGAUCCUGCGCCAGAUGCAGCAGGAGCUGGGGUCGGGCGAGUUCUACUACUCGUUCGAGUUUGACUCGUCGCACACGCUCCAGUACAAGAGAAGCCGCCUGUCGACCCGGACGACAUCGACGUCUCUGCUAGAGCAGCUCCUAAGCGAAGGUGGCCCGCCCGAAAAGCCGUUCUUCCCACGCUCUGGCAACACACCACCCACUUCGCCUGGCGCGCGCUCCGCCAGAUCGACAACGUCGGCCGCCGAGAUGGGCGACAUCGUCGAGCCCGACGUCCACCUCCCUUUGUGGCGACGGUACGAUCGGCGGUUCUUCUGGAACGAGCACCUCAUGCGCGACUUCAUCGACCUUGGGCUACACGCGUACAUCCUCCCCGUAUCACAGGGUUGGGUGCAGGCCUCCACAUUCACGAUCCCCCUCCCCCCGACACUAGCCGACGAAGAAGCACUGCCACCGAUCCCCGUCAACAUUGCACUUAUUUCGCGUCGAAGCAAGGAGCGUGCCGGCCUGCGAUAUCAGAGACGUGGAAUUGACCACGAGGGUCACGUCGCCAACUUUGUUGAGACGGAGAUGAUGGUGCGCGCUCUCGUCGGUGGCAAGGUCUCGCUCUUCAGCUUUGUGCAGAUCCGCGGUUCGAUCCCGCUCAAAUGGAGCCAGACGCCGUGGUCGAUGAAGCCGCCGCCUGUUCUCGAUCUCCCUGUUGACCAGACAUUCUCCGUUGCAAACUUGCACUUUGACGACCUGCGCCAGCGCCACGGUCCCAUCACCGUCGUCAACCUGUCUGAGCAGCACGGCCGGGAGGCGGCUGUUACGAACGGGUUCACAGAGCUCGUGGCGGAUCUCGGUCGUCCGGAUAUCCACUACGUCCCCUUUGACUUCCACGAGCAUUGCAAGGGCAUGAACUGGGCCAAUAUCUCGGACCUCAUCUCGCAGCUCGAUUUCAGCGCCAUGGGCUAUCUCUGGUGCCUCGAGGGCGAUGCCGUGCGGGAGCAACACGGCGUGUUCCGGACCAACUGCAUUGACUGCCUGGAUCGCACCAACGUAGUGCAAUCGGCCAUCGCGCGCCACGUUCUCACCCAGAUGCUCCUUCAGCUCGGUGUCGUCGUCGACCCAGCCACCAGUAACAUCGAGACAGUGUUCAACGACAUUUGGGCCAACAACGGCGACAUGAUCAGCAUGUGCUACGCGCACACCACGGCGCUCAAGGGUGACUUUGUGCGCACGGGCAAGCGCGACAUCUCUGGCAUGCUCAACGACGGUGUGAGCUCGCUCAGUCGCAUGUUCUACGGCGCCGUCACGGACUUCUUCGCGCAGGCUGUCAUCUCCUUCAUGCUUGGCCACCGCAACAUGGGUGUGUUCAACGAGUUCCUCCAGGAUCUGCAGACGACCGAGUCGUCUGCCCUCAUCAAGCAGUCGCGAAUCCGUGCCGCCGCCAUUGAGACGAGCUCGGCACGUGUGCUCAGUGAAGGCGAACACCGUGUCGCGGGUUGGACGCUCCUCUCCCCGGACCAGCGCAACACCACAGUCUCACUCAAGCUUGAGGAGAAGGUCUUGCUUCUUACCAAGCAGGCGCUCUACGUCGUCUCGUUCAACUAUACCUUGGAGAAGGUCAACGAGUUCACCCGCAUCCCGCUCAAGUCCAUUACCUCGAUCCAGAAGGGCGCGUACAUCCUUUCGGCGCUACAGGAGGCCGGGCGUGACGCGACUGAGAAUGCCGGUUUCGUAGUCCGCUUCUCCCCUGCCGACGAAGGGACGCGAUACAGCACCUUCUCGAUCCGGGCAAAGGACGUAGCGACCCCUGCGCCCAAGAGCCUUUUCGGCACGCCGACCAAGCUCAAGCGCUCGUCCAAGUCUCCAGUCAGCACGCCCAAGACUCCCAAGACCCCCGAGGCGGUAGUGGAGCUCUCGGCAGUGGACCCCGACGCGGACGAGUUCUUCGCCUUCAAGGCCCUUCCUCGCGAAUUUGCUGCACGUAACGGACCCGCUUCUGAUGAUGAGGACGACGACGUAGGCCUAGAAGCGGGCGAGACGUGCGCCGCGACGGUCGACCGUAUCGUACGCCGCAUCAGGGACCAGUGUGCGCGUGUCCAUACGAUCGGGGACGACUUUGUCGAGAACAAGGACGUUGUUAGCAUCUCGGAUGCUGAGAAGCUCGUCUCUGUACUCGCGAGGGUCGAUUACGCUUGGAAGCGUUUCCUGUGGCUCUGA